AUACCCUAUGAUUCAUUACUGAGUACUAAUCGGAACCACUCUAAACCCAAAUGACUGCUGCAUCCUGCGCCUUAACUACUAGUACGGUAGUCCGUAGCUCACCCGACACGAUCUCUUUUAUUUCCUCCGCAUGCAUCUGAACAAUACGGGAAAUCCUCAAGAGCCCUCUCUCAUUCGUGAUGCAUUCGGACAAGGAUCGAUAGCAGAUCUCGGGGAAGUAUUAAGAAAGCUAAAGUUACCUGGAUUCCCACCUCAUUGGGUCCCUACUAGGUAGUAAUAGCCCGGAUGUAUACAGUAUAUUGCAGUACCGAUUUACUCUGUACAUUAUUUUACCAUUUUGUAUGGACCAGUAGUAGAGGGGAGGGAGGACCUAGGUACCUAGGUACCUAGGUACAUUACCCUACUGUCCAUGAUAACAUCAUACUUAUGCUGACCCACGGUAAAUGCAACCCAUGUCCAUGAAACCUGUCAUUAGUAUACAAAAAAGCUUUAAGAAUGCAACACCUUUCUCAAUCACCCGUGCGGAUUCCCAUAAUCUCCCUUUCUUUCUUUUAUGUAGGGAGCAAGAACCAACUCAACCGUGCGGUAUGCAACAAUCCCCAAAGAAGCAAGGAAGCAAUAAUACCCACAUGCGCAGACGGGAAGCAGGCAGAAUUUCGUUCAAUUAAUCAAAUGAAACUCGCUGCACGAAAUCUGCAAGGACCUGAGCGAUGGAUGCACAUGCAGAAAGACUCCAAACUGCUGGAGGUCGUGAGCUCUUUCUUUUUUCUUUUUUCCAUUCUGUCCUUGGCCUGUGACUCGUCGAGUUCGGUUCACGUCCAUGGGCCUUAACCGUCAUAGCCGUAUCUCCGCUGGGGUUGUUAACCUUGCUCGGUGGGCAUUCAUUCGCAGAUCGGUUUCCGUUUGCAGCCACGCCGGUCGUCCGGGUCGUCCUUUGAAAGGCUUGCAAGAAGCUCAGAAGACAGCUACUCAGACUUACUUUACACCAUCGUGCCAGUCCCGGAAAUUGGUCAAGAUGUGGGAAAAAUAUAAUUUUCUUCGAAGAGGGCAAAAAAAAAAAAAAAAAAAAAAA